AUGGCAGCUGACAACCUCCGAGAGCGGAACUCGCGUCGCAAGAUGCUGCGAGCCAUCAAAAAAUCCCUUGAACAAUUAACAAGCCCCUAUAUCUCACGUGCCGACCUGAGGCAAUUGGGUAUACAGCAACUCUGGAUGUCAAUGUCCCUAGAAAAGGAGCCACUCUUCUUUAGACCUUACAACGCUCCGAUCCAGCCGCCGGAAAUUGAUACCCUCACCGACUAUUACCCUGAGUUUGAUGAGUCGCCUUUUCGAAAUGCGGAAAAUCUGGGCUGGUAUCUAAACCAAUACUUCCAGAACUGCACCCUGCCAAAACAGGAUCUGAACCCCCCUGGUUCAUCCUAUACAUAUCGACCAGCCCGGUGGCGAGAACUACACGCUGUGCUUCGUCCCUGCGCCCGCUAUGCCAUCUCUGCCUCGAGCAUUGUCUGGCACAUCCAGUUGGCCCUUGUUCUUGCCCCACAAAACAGGCGAGAUCGUCGUUCAUGGAAUCCUAAAGGAGGAGAUCCGCGAGCUCAGAGAGGAUGA